AUGGCUGACAAGGGUCUUGAGGACGUGCCUGAGGGCCAGAUCGAGUCCAACUACGAUGAGACCGUUGACUCCUUCGAUGACAUGGCUCUGAAGUCGGAGCUCCUCCGUGGUGUUUACGCCUACGGUUUCGAGCGUCCCUCUGCUAUCCAGCAGCGUGCCAUCAUGCCCGUCAUCAAGGGUCACGAUGUCAUUGCCCAGGCUCAGUCCGGUACUGGCAAGACUGCCACGUUCUCCAUCUCGGUCCUCCAGAAGAUCGACACCAACGUCAAGCAGUGCCAGGCCCUCAUCCUCGCCCCCACCCGUGAGCUUGCUCAGCAGAUCCAGAAGGUCGUCGUUGCCAUCGGCGACUUCAUGAACAUUGAGUGCCACGCCUGCAUUGGUGGCACCAGCGUCCGUGACGACAUGAAGGCCCUGCAAGACGGUCCCCAGGUCGUCGUCGGCACCCCUGGUCGUGUCCACGACAUGAUCCAGCGUCGCUUCCUCAAGACCGACGGCAUGAAGAUGUUCGUCCUUGACGAGGCCGACGAGAUGCUUUCUCGUGGUUUCACCGAGCAGAUCUACGACAUCUUCCAGCUGCUUCCCCAGAGCACCCAGGUUGUCCUUCUGUCCGCCACCAUGCCCCAGGACGUCCUUGAGGUUACCACCAAGUUCAUGCGCGACCCUGUCCGCAUUCUCGUCAAGAAGGACGAGCUUACCCUUGAGGGUAUCAAGCAGUUCUACAUUGCUGUUGAGAAGGAGGAGUGGAAGCUCGACACCCUCUCCGACUUGUACGAGACUGUCACCAUCACCCAGGCUGUCAUCUUCUGCAACACCCGCAGGAAGGUCGACUGGCUUACCGACAAGCUCACUGCCCGUGACUUCACCGUUUCCGCCAUGCACGGUGACAUGGACCAGGCUCAGCGUGAUCUGAUUAUGAAGGAGUUCCGUUCCGGUUCUUCUCGUGUCCUGAUUGCCACUGACCUUCUGGCCCGUGGUAUCGAUGUCCAGCAGGUUUCCCUGGUCAUCAACUACGACCUUCCCGCCAACCGUGAGAACUACAUUCACCGUAUCGGUCGUGGUGGUCGUUUCGGUCGUAAGGGUGUUGCCAUCAACUUCGUUACCGCCGAGGAUGUCCGCAUGAUGAGAGAGAUUGAGCAGUUCUACAGCACCCAGAUUGAGGAGAUGCCCAUGAACGUUGCCGACCUCAUCUAA